AUGGAGACUGUAGAGCCCGUCUCUUACGAGUUCCCCGGCCAUGCCGUGGCAUCGUACUCGCUACCUUACCAGGCCCCGAGUAGCUUGCCUUACAGCUUCGCCCACUCGGCGGGUCACACACAUACACACCCGAAUCCCUAUCAGCAAUACUUUGUCCCCAGUCAGCAUCCGAUACAGCCGCAGCCACUGCGUCUCACAACGGAACAACCGUUGCAGUCUCUUCCAGAGAUUCGCCCGGCAAAGAACGCCAUCACCCAGACAGUAAAGUCUACACCCGACCAUGGUCCACGAGUGCAGAUUUCCACCGGAGGGAACAGUUCACCAGUCGGGGACGAGAAACAAACCGCCGACAUCGCCUUCUCCACCAACGUGGAUGUCCUGAUGAAGGCAAUCCAGGCAAAGCACGCCUCAUCACCGACCCAGCAAUCGCUACCACCACUCCAACACCUGGCACCACCAACAUCACAGUCCUAUCCCGCAUCCUACCAGACUACCUCACCCACACCACCACGCUGCUACCAUACCAACGAAGCCCAGCUCUCACGCUCAGGCAAGAAGCGCAAGUACAACUGCAGCCUACCAGGCUGUGGUAAAAGCUUCGCUCAGAAAACCCACCUGGAUAUCCAUAUCAGGGCACACACAGGCGAUAAGCCAUUUAUAUGCAAGGAGCCCUCAUGCGGACAACGUUUCUCGCAGCAAGGCAACCUGAAGACCCAUCAGCGGCGACACACGGGGGAAAAGCCCUUCCAAUGUGAAAUCUGCCACAAGCGAUUCGCCCAGCGGGGAAAUGUCCGCGCCCACAAGCUCACCCAUGACCAAUCUAAACGGUUCGACUGUCGUCUAGAUGAAUGUGGGAAACAGUUCACCCAGUUAGGAAACCUCAAGUCCCACCAAAACAAAUUCCACGCAGCAACCCUCCACAAUCUUACCGUCCGGUUCUCUCAAAUGGGUGAGAACGGUUCGAUGAACAUGAACCCCGCAGAUCGUGAACUGUGGAUAUAUUUCGCGGGGCUAUACAAAAAUAGCAACAAGGGUAUCAAGGGUCGUGGGAAGGAUCGUCGGAUCUCGACGACGAAACGGUCUGAUGCUCAGUGUGAUCCCAUGGAUCGAAUACAGUCCGUUGAGUCUGAAGAGGGUGUUUCGAAAAUGCAGAUGCAGAUACAGUUGCGCCGGGGGAGUUUUGAUGGGUUCUCCGUUUAUAAUACUUCUAGCAGUGAUGGUGAUGAUGCGGAGCCUUAUUAUAUUGAUCGUAGGGCUCAUGUUCAUGGACAUGGGCCUUGA